GAAAAAAACGGUUUUCCUCUUACACCCGCUCGAGAAUGCAUACAUAUGCACAUACUCCUGCCCAUAGUGUCAUCUCCAAUCCCUUAUGAUGCACCUCCAUCUAUGGCGAAAAGAGCUCAAACAUUUGUGCGAUUCGGCAAACGGGCUCAAACGUUCGUCAGGUUUGGCAAGAGGGCUCAGACGUUUGUUCGAUUCGGGCGAUCGAAUCCUGAGACGUCUGCACUUCGUACAUAUAUCAUAUCCACUAAUCGCAUGGAUAACAUAGGAGACCUCGAUUCGGGGAACGGACCCGAUCCCAACCUUGUUGUUGUCCAGAACCCGUUUGGCUGUACCUCUACGCCUCCUUGA